AUGUACCCCAGUUUCGAGAGUAAUAAAGUGUACCAAGGUGUACAAAAUGUACAAGAAAAUGCUGAAUCGCUGACAGACGACAGGCCAGCUAGGAUAGAAAGGGAUCUGCAAGGCGUAACCACGGUCCUCCUAGUCCCGGCACGACCCGGCAAAUCCAACCCUCCGGUUGGUCUGCUAACGAAAACCGCGCGAACCUUCGUCCAAGAUGGCGCCAGCACGGAGUUCGCCACUCAGGUACACGGUACCACGCUGGACAACGGCCGUCUCUAUGCCAGAAUAUUGUCCACGUCUAGCAGAGUGUUCUACGACAAAAAGCCAACCCCAGAUUCCGCUACCCCGUACGUGGUGUACCCCACGAGAACCGCCGACGACGAUUGGCAGCUCAAAGUGGCCCUCGACAAUGCACCCAUCAAGGCUCUCAAGGAUAUCGAAGAUCCUCGGUCAGAGGGAGACCAGGAGAACGAUUCCGACAGUCAGAACGAGAGAGAAAAGUCUCCCACCAAGUUGGACGAACUGUCCAGAGAGAACGAUAUAUUCAGCAAGAGGGAGUUCGGGUCUGACUCGCAGAGGUUCAAGCCUGCCAAAGUUAGGCCGGCGGAUAACCUGCCGACUUACACAGUCACUCACGAGUACGUGACGAAUAAUUUCGACAAUUUGGACGAAGACCAGCCGAAGAGUUUCAGACCUCGAUUACCCAAGAUCUUCAAGCCUCAGCCAAAGGCUCCCGCGCAGAAGAAGGUGGACCUGAAGCCUCUGCCAACCGUGACGUAUCACGGUUUCGCAGAUUUCACGACCACCGUGGGAGAGACUGUCAUAGUUUUCUCUCCCAGCACGUCCCCUGCUCCCGUAGGUCGUCCUGCUACCACGAUCAAGGGUGACGCCACCUUGAGACCCGACGACGGCGUGGCCGUUGUGAAGAUCAGGCCCACCAGCAUGGUCACUGGUCAGGACAAGACCAAGUACCCACCGCGUAUAUCAGAUCCGACGAGCGAGACGGGUGAUCCUCUGUUGGAUGCUAUCAACAGGGCCAAUAUUCAACCAGGUGUCACCGAGAACUUCGAAGCCGAGUCUUCCACCAAGUCUACCGAACCUCUUCUACUGAUACCCGACAUGGAGACUGCCUCGUUGGAGCCGACAGGAUUGCUGAAAGUCGUCGAUUCGACUACUUCUUCGGAUGGUACCACUACUCACUAUAAGACGCUCAUUUAUGGUACCUAUAUGGGCACGAAUUAUGCUCAGAUCAUCCGCACGUCGUCAAACGUGUACUUCUUUCCCGACGAAGCCACUGCUACCUACGGUAUCGAGGAUACCACCGUGGAUUAUGGAACUACUGGCACCGAGGAGCCUGAAGUCGAACAGGAUAGUACUCUGGAGAUGACGACGGGCACCACGCCUAGGAUAAUCACCACCAGCGAAGAAGCUCCUCAGGAAAUCGACGAAUUGACCACUCCGUCGAAAGGCACCACGGACAGCGUGUUAACCACUCUCAAAGAUAUCCUGCAGAGUGCCAGAAGGGUACUGGGCACUACGGAGUCCGCUGCUCCGACGUUGGAUGACGAGAUCCCGAAUGACAUAGCACCUGGAGAUCCUCAAGGUCGUAGUAUCAAGGGUGGAAGCUCGAAGAACGACCUUGGACAUCAGGAUCGCAAGGAACAGGUGUUCGUGGAUGAAGAGGAGAAGGUUAUCUUGCCUACCAGGCUGCUUCCUUCCACGGUGUACAAGACGUAUACCUAUUUCACUACCUUCUUCAUCCCUAAUGGCGACCAGACUACCACUUCCGUUCGCACCAACGAAGUGGUCUCUUCCGAGGUUUCGUACUUCACGGAGCUGAUUCGACCAGACGAAACGGAAUCCGUGAUUCUGCCUACUGCUGUCGCCGAACCCCCCACGACCACAGCCACACCUAGCUUGCCCACUGUGUUGGAAGAAGAGCAGACUACCAAACAGGACGAAGAGAUAGAGCUGAUCUUCAAGACUCUGUACACUACGUACACGUAUCUGACUACCUUCUUCCAGGAAAGUACUUCCAGCAUAUCCAGUCGCGAGGUGGUGGAAACCAACGUGAUUACUCAGACAGUCGGACCCAACGGGGCGUCUGCAGUCGUUGCAGGGUUGUUCGGGAAGGACGAGCCUACCGUGAUAUCACCCACGAGAAUUUCGGACACCGUCCUGCCUUCGAUCACGCCUGAACUCGAGGAAGGAACUGAGAGGUACCAAACGACGAUGGAGCAAACGACGGAGGAGGUGCUCACCACGUUGCAGGAACAGGACACCACCACUGAUCAGAAUAUCCCAACAGAGUCGGGGGCCAGUCUAAAGGACUUCGAGGACGUCAGACAGACCACGCCGGAGAUCGAACCUAGCCCAACUCCUGUCAUACCGACUCAAGAGGUAAAGGAACAGAUCAAGACCUAUUACACGACGUACACCUACUUCACCACCAUCUUCGUCGACAACGAAACAGAGAUCGAAACGAGGACGGAAGUGUUCUCCAACGUGGUGACCGAGACUAUUCAACCGACUCCAAUAGUGCCUCUUAUCGAAGAGACGGAGCUGCCAACUACGCCCAAAGCGGAACCUGCCAAGCCAGCUGUGCCUCCAGAGAUCUUGGCGUACCUGGAAGCCCUUCAGAAACAGAAAUCCCAAGAAGAGGCGCUGCAACUCGCAAAGAGGGUGCAGCAGCAGACGAUCGACAAGCCUGAAGACAGCGAAGCCGUGACUGAAGCCAAAGCAGAAGUCACGACGGAGAGUCCAACAACUAUCACGGAGGUGCAAACCACUACGGAAAAUCUGUUUCGCGAUUUCGAAGUGAACGCGCAAGUGACACCGAAUCCACCAUUCGACGGCGAGAUCCUGGGAUCCAUGGUCACCGACGUGGUGUCUUCUUCCAGUUCCGGAGGAGGCACGGUUCUGGACGUGAUGGACAAGAGAAACGCGGUUCCAGAGGACCAAGAGCUGUCAGAGUCGAACCAUCACGAAGUAGAGCCAGCGCCGACUCUUCUGCUUCAGACCAGUUACACUACCUUCACCUACUUCACGACGAUGUACAAGGGUGACGAGUCUAACGUGGUCAGUCGUCUGGAAACCGUCACCAACGUAGCCACCGAGACUAUCAGGCCAACUAGCGUGGUACCGAUGGAGACGAGCACCCUACCUGUUACGUAUUUCACCACGUUCACUUAUUGGACUACGUUCUACAAAGGUGGCGACACUGUUACGACCAGUCGCGAAGAGACGGUCAGUGACGUGGUCACGCCAGGCGUCGCUCCUACGCCUACCGUGGAGUUGGGUGUAGUCAUGACGUACAGGCCCACGACGGACCUCGAAGACAGCGUGAUAAGCGAGAAGGAGUCCAAGAUCACCGCUGACAACGAAGUGACACCCUCGAAUGUCGUUCCUCUCGAAAAUUCCAAAGCUCAGGAACCAGAGACUACCAGUUCCAAAGACAUUGCCACCCCAACUUCCGAAAGUAGUUUAGACUCUACCACGGUUACACCUGAACCUACUACUUAUUAUACCACUUACACCUACUUCACCACUUCCUAUAUCGGCAACGAGACUAUUCUGAAUAGCAGAUUGGAGACUGUCACCAGCGUCUCCAUUCCCGAGGUUCUCGCGACCGAACAAGCCGCCACUGGCAGAGCAAUCGAUGGUCCGGUGUUCAAGGAAAGCCAGACUACCAAGGAGAUACCGAUCACUCCCUCGAAAACCAUCGAACCACCCAAGAUUGGGCUAAUUUCGACCAUCAGGUCUAGCGAAGUCCACGAUGGCACUACUACUCAUUUCACGACCGACGUUCAUGGUACUUACAUCGAUGGUCUGUACGCUCAGGUGGUAACGAGCACGUCGAGACUAGAGACACCGCCUCUACCCUCACCCGUGGUCACUCCGGCAUUGCCUACCGGUGUCCUGUCGAUGAACAAAGGCAGCGUGAUCGAGGCCGACGAGGUCACCACGAUCUACUUCACGACGAAGCAGAUCGGCACCCUGUACGACGGACUUUACGCGAAGGUCAUCGAAAGUACCUCGAGUACGAGUAUAAACGAGGAGAAGAAGGCAACCGUUGUACCUAUCCAAGGUCACAGAACAGGUUUAGUAAGACUGAUCCAAGGUCAAAUCGAGAACAACGGUACCACCACGUUCUACCAGUCCAAGGUAAUCGGUACCAACAUCGAAGGCAGGUACGCCCAGAUCAUAGAAAGCACCUCCAGUUUCCUGUACGCGACUCCGACGCUCAACAUCGCGCCUACUUCGACCUUGCCACCCACCAAGUCCACCGAGAUCCCUGAGAUCUCGCCUUCGCCUGCUGUCAUUCAGUCUUCCCUGCCCGACGAUCCAACCACGGAGUCUCCCAAUCAGGAUGACAAUUCGGAGCAAAACGAGGAGAGCGAGGAAGAUGACAAAGAGGGAGACGGUGAUCAGAGUUCGAAGAAAAAGUCCAGGCUGACCUUCCCUACCAAGAAGAGGACGUUCACGCCGGCGAUCAGGCCAUUCCUUCCUGGCAACAGACCAACGUUCAGUCCGAGUCCGAAACGGAAGGGUCCUCAGGGUGCAACGACGAUCACCAGAACAGACAUUACGCCCACUAUAACCGCGACCUUGGCUGGCAAGGGCAACAGGUUCGCUCCAUCCAGAGGUCGCAUCACGUCUCCCAUAGGCCCCUACUCUUCUACGCUGUCUCCGUUAGGCAGUAGAAGGUUUUCGGGCAGGAGAGGAUCUCCGAACACAGCCAGUUCGUUCUCUUCGACCGUGACGGGAAGCACCAGAGGCAGACCUCAGACCAGAAUAUCGCCGUCAUCCGUGUUCCAAGGGAAUAGACGAGGUCCGACGUCGAUAAGGGGUUCGUCGGCUAGGGCUGCUUCUCGUGCGUCGAGUUCCGUUUACCCUGGAGCCUCUACCAGGUACAGGCCAGCCAUCAGACCAUCGUCGACUCUGUUGAGGGGUCAGUCGACGGUCAGACACGACGAUCAGGAGAACGAUGCCAACGAGUUCACUACCACUACCCUAGUGACCGAGGAGACAACUUAUACCGAAGACGUGGACGGCGGAGAAACCGUGACGUCGCCUCUGCAGACGACCACGGAGUCCUCUAGAAGGUCCACGAAUCCGCUACUGAGAUUCCGAAGGCCGAUUAACCUGUCCAAUUCGGGAAGGAGUAGCACCACGCCUAGACCACCCACGACUACGCGAAGGAAUGGAAAUUUGAACAGGCCAACUGUACCUACGGUCUCUAAAGCUACCAGCGGCAGGAACAAUGGAAGGAUCAAUCUACCGGUAUCCACCAGACCUAGACAGAGCAGCACGGGGUUAUUUCCGCCUCGAGGUCUACUUGGGAAGAAACAGGAAUUACCUACUGAGGAACAGGUAGACCCUAGCGAGGAAUCAGAAAGCGAAGGAGAAGAGAAUUUCGAAGAUGAGGUGGUGGAGGAAAUAACCGACAACGAUUACGAAGGCUCGGAACACGAGGACAGAACGGCGGUGAAUCGUCGUUCUGGGAAAUCCAUCAGACCCACUGUUCAGAUCAGACCGUUCAAUAGAGCGCGAAGGGUGCGUCGACAGGCGAGUCAGCUGAGAUCUCUGACCAGUCGAUUCAGACGACCGAGUCAGUCGAGCCCGUCGAAGGCCGAGGAUAAAUCUGACGCGAGCGAGAACUUGUCUAGCAAAGAAGAAACUUCCAAGUCUAACACGAAGCCUAUUGCUCGUUACAAUAACCGUGGCAGAUCUCUAACGUCGUCUAGGCCACCGUCCAAGUCGUCCAACAAUCCUGAAAAGACAUCGGCAGAGUCCACGGAGCUGAGCCAGAGCAAGGCCAGGAAUAGGUCUAAACAGCCUACUUCCAACGGAGAUAGAAAUUCGAAUUCCAGGAUAAAACCGACCACAACCUCCAAUAACGGUAGACAAUUUACUUUGAGAGAGAAAGACGGAAGUUCGACUGCCAGAUCGAGCUACAAACGACCCAGCACGUCGCCGCCCAGAUCGAACGGGAGAUCCACCAACAACGCAGAACGAGUAAGACCUCCGAGAUUGCGAAACGGUUCGAACAAAGCGCCAGAAACUACCAGCACGAGGCGCGUACCUCCUUCUAGUCGCGCCACCACCAGAGCCCCCAGUAGAAACGGUAACCGAAGAGGUUCUACCACGACCAGGUCAAGAGGAUCGUUGGAAGACAUCAGAGAGGCACCCACCGUGUACCCAGACUUCGACGGGACAAUCACGGUGACCCACUAUGUACCCACCGAGGUGACCAUCCCUGUAGUGAACAACGGUAUCACGGAGCACAGGAACAUCGUAACUGCUCAAGCUAGCACCGAGAUCCUAGGCCCGACCCAGUACAGUACGGUGACAGGUGGGGACGGGAAACCGCUGGUAGUGAUCGCCAGCGAGGUAACCGGCACCAAUCCUCAAGGUCAGACCGAGGUAACCCGAUUCCUUCUCCACGAGACGCCCACCACCCGUGUCUCCCAUACAUUGACCACCCUGGGUGGCCGCAGGGCCUCGCAGUCCGUGAUCGUGCCCACGACCGUUUACUCCGUGGAGAACGUGGUCUCCACGGUGCAGCCUGCCCUCCCCGGAAACGCGCCUCUCGCGAAUCUCCUCCUGUCGCAGCUACUCCUCGGUCAGUUAGGUCAGGCGAACCCCUUGCUGCAGCCGCAAGCUACACCGUCCACGCAGUACAAUACCCGAACGACCUCGUACGUUACCACGAUCACCAAGCAACGGAGUACCGUGAUCCCGCUCACGUUCCGCGGCAAGGAGAUCGUUACCACCCUGGUGGACACGUCGACCGACGUGGUGACCGCGACCGAGUUCAUCACGGACACGGUAGUGGUGACACCCACGGCAGCCUUGCCAGCGGCCAAUCUGAAUUCGUUGUUACUGCUGCUACAGCAACCUCAACCACAGCAGAACACGAACCCUCUGUUGGAUCCCGUGUUCGCUGCUCCACCGUUCACUCAGAGCAACACGUUGCCAGGGGAGGUGGAGAGCAGGCAUCAGCCAGCUGACUCGGACUACAAGCACGAUAGCUACGAAUAUUCGGACGAGGAAGAGGAUGCCCAAGAGUAUCACAAGGCGUCCAGGCCGAGAAACGGUCGGAUCAGGACGAAUGACAGGAAAGAGGAUCAUUCGACCGUGGCCAAGGAGGAGUCCAGCGUGGUGACGCUGUACGUGUCCGGCCGGAGGCCAGGGGAGUUCAGUACCGUUCUGAGCACCGUGAGAGUGAGCGACACCGUGAGCUCGUCUCGAAGACGACGGGACACCGGGGAGGAAUUGGUGGUCGAGGUACAACCGUCGAUCCCGCCAACGUUGCACGAGGGAUCCGAAGGGAUCGCUGUCCUGACAGGCAGCGAGGACUCGCUGGACGCGCACACGCCGACACAGAGUCUCGAGAGCGUACGUGAGAACGUCGCCUUUUCAGAUGACUACCCCGACGACUACUACCGACUAACUGGCGACGUCGCUAGCAAACGCACGUGGUCGCCCGAUGAGAACGCUAGGAGUCAGACUCUAGCCGAGAAUAACGACGACUACCUCGAGGAAACGCCCAGGAAACGCGUCAGAAUCCGCGUACCUGUCGUGAGGAAGAACCCCAAGCAGCAUAAGCUGACGGUGGUGAGGAGGAGACCGAUCGCUACGAGGGCCGAGGAUCCUACGUUGACGGUGGCUAGACACACGCCAAGAAGGAUCGUGGUGACUCGUGUCAGGACUUUAGGCCUGGCCAACACCAUUCACAGCGACUUGGACCCUGACAGCUUGAAGCACGAGAUUGGUAGGCACAAGGUGACUAUUACCAGACGUAGGAAGAUCGAAUCGACCCCUGUCUUACCCACGAGCAGCGAGAAGAAGCCUAGGAUUACGAGGAAGAAGCUGAUCGCUGUCAGACCGGUGCAACCUACGCCAGCGUUUGCUAUCAUCACCACGGGCUUCUUCACUGCUCCGUCUUCCGAGUCCGAGGAGGAGUACUCCGAGGAAGUCAACAACGACGAAAUGGAGAACAAGGAGGAUGUCAGUUCGACUGUCACGCCUGAGCUGGUGGAGCCGCCUAACGUGAUCGACAGCAGACCCGACGAAGUCGAAGUCGAGACCACGACGGAAGAAAUGGAAUCGAAGGUGAUAGAUCCGAUAGAGCCGAUAGAGGAGACCACUGUGAGCACGCCGGUUAUUAUCACUGACAAUUUCUUCCUCCCGGCGUCUGCGGACGAGUACGAAGAAUACGAAGAAGAGUAUACGGACACGACGACUGAAAGCGCGAAGGAGGACACUCCGAGCGAAGAAACUCCAACGACGACUGUAUCUACGAAGGUGGAAGAUGUUCCGAGCACGGAGAAUAUCUCGACUACGCCCGCAACUCCUGAUUUAAUCGAAACAACCACGGAGAAACCCGAAGAGGUAUCGGAUAAAGAUACCGAUCACGAAACGACCACGGAAUCGGUCGAUGUGGAGGAUGAAGAGAAGACUGAAGAAAUUUCGACGACUGUAAAAUUCAUAGACGAUGUAGAAACAUUGACCACGACGCAGGAAGUUCCCAAAGAUUCCUCUGAAGAAGAUGUUACGACUACCGCGUACCCAGAGACUGAAGACGAAGAUGAAGAAGAGAACGAAGAGGAGGAGGAACGUACGACGACGGUCGAGUCGAUGGAAACGACUGUACCUAUGGAAGAAACAACGGUGAUCAGUGUUCCCGAAGAAGAAAUAGAAACAACGACGUCUUCCGACAUAGAAACCACGACAACUGCCAGUGAAGAAGACGAGUACAGUACCACUGAACAGUUUCCGUUAACUACUGAACCCACACCCGAAGAUUCUUCCUCGGAAGACGAAGAGUCAAAGGAAGAGGACAUGGAAACUGAUGUUACAACUGUGGCAAGCGAACCUGAAGUCGCUCCGCCAAAUGACACUGAAUAUUCUCCUGAGAAACACGAAAAGUCCAAUGACAUAAUUGUUGAAACAGACUCCAACUCUUUGACAAAAGAUGUCGAAGAUUCUCCCAAAAUGCACGUCGAAACCCACGUCUCGGUGAGUCAAUCCGGCCCCGAAGAUUCUCAUCAAACUCGCGACGAAGAUGUACCCGAGAAAGCCAUCGAACCUCACGUCACGAAGGUUCAAUCGGAAUCCCAAGAUCCCCCAAGGGAAAGUAUCGAAGACCCGAAUAAAGACACCCAAUCUCCCGACCUGACAGCCACCCAAAGCCCCAAACCAGAAACCGAAAGCUCCUUCCCAGACGUAGUAGACUUCACCACCCAAAGACAGGCCCCAGAAGCUGCAAAGACAGAGGAGAACGAAGAUGUCAUGACAGUGGAGCCCAUACAACCGAUUAUCGAAUCUGCUUCGAGCACGUCGACGUCUCUCGGCGACGUGUCGCCCAGUUUCGCCACCGUCCUGCCUCUAGAGACGUUCCAAACGACGUCACACGACUCCACCACCCCUAGUUAUCUGGAUGACUCCGAGAUCCCAAGCGUGAUUCCCCUAGGAGUCGAGUACACCUCGCUGUCGGACUCGAACGGGACCCCUGCGGUCCCCGAGGCGACGCCACGCGUCGAAACGGCCACGGUGACGACGUCUAUCACGUCACCUACCCCUGAAGAAAUCGAGGCAGGGUUGGCCGAUGACCUGUACUUGUCCCUGUCGAGGCCAGACUUUCCCGAGAUCCUGCCGUCGAAACCGGUCCACGUGGAGCACGAGACCAGGUCCGAAACGCCGGAGUUAGAGCCGAGCACGAGCGUUUACUAUACAGAGACGGUGGUGACGUCGACGAGACUGAGGACUUACACGUACGUUGUGACGCAACUGAACGGACAGGAGACGAAAGUGACGUCCUCGACGACCGUCCGACCGAGAGUGACGACGCUUACGUUGACGGUGCCCGUCACGGUGACUGUCACUCCUACCGUGGAGUCGUCUGUUUCGUCUGUGUAUAGCCCGGUGCCCGCUGCUGGAGAAUACGACGGGAAAGAUGAAGAAGGUCGGAGGUUCAAUCUCGCUACCCGCGUCAUGUCGAAUGGAGUCGAAGUAAUCGUGGCGGGACCAACACCAGCGCUACGAUGGGAGAACUUGAUGCCACAACCUACGCUGACAUUGUCUGACGCGGUCGUCAUGAUGCUUCCGCAAGAUAAGCCGAAUGAAUUUGUUACGAAAACCUGUACGACCACCUUCACGUAUCUCACCACGAUUACGAAGGAUGGGACAACUACCGUGUCGACGGAGGAGCAGGUGAUUGCCAACACGGCUACCGAAGAACGGCACAGGAAGCCCGGUUCAGAGACCGCUGCUGUAACGCUAGAUGCGUCGCCAACUUUACGCACAGAGGUGUUCAAAACAACUUACACCUACUUGACACUAAAUACCGACCACCCGAUUCUCGAGCCAUCCGAGGCACCGCGACCGGAAACGAACACGUACCUCAGCACCAGGAUGCUGGAGAAGACUUUCAUGGAGGAUGGGCGCACCAGAGUAGAGACCACCAGCGAUACCAUUACUCAGCUUAUAGUAACGGAGUCUGCACCACCUCCUCGUCCGACCAGAAUCACGACCACGUUGACAGCGCUGGACAGCACGGAGGAGAACAUGACAGACGUCAUGAAGACAUACUACAUUACAUACACUUAUUACAAUACCUUCCUGGAGAAAGGUAACACGGUGGUUCGUACGAACGUUGCGACGUCCACCGACGUCGUGCUGGAGAAAGUGCCUGUCAAGAAGACCACGAAGACGACCAUGGUGAAUCCCACUCCUGAACCCAUUCAAAUCUUUGCUACGAAGACCUAUCUGACCACCUUUACCUACUUUACCACGUUGCUUCAAGCGGGACCAGACGAAGAAACUUCUACCACUGUCUCCUCGAGGUCUCACAUCGUGGAGAACGUGGUGACAGAGUCGAUAGCGCCCAGUUUGCUCGAUGCUGGCUACAUGAACGCCUUAUUGACAACGGCACACCACACAGACCCGGUGAAAAACGUGGUAACUGGAUCGACGAUCAUCUUCUUCGACGAGGAGGACCAAAUCGAUCCUACCACGACCACCAGCUUCCCAGAAGCCACUUCUACCGCGGAAGUUCCGAAAGACGAAGUGAUUUCUGCCAGUUUUGUGUCUACUGAACCAUCUCCCGUUGCCAGUGAGGCGAAUUUGAAGCCGUCCGAACAAAUUAGUCAGGAGACCAACGUGACAGUUUCUUCGGAUUCCGGGCAGAACAAGAAGCCUGCUGGUCAGAACACGAGUGAUCUUCAAGUGAGCAACCUUCUAAACCUAGGAUCAUUGGGAAUUAACAGUCUGUCGGCUCUGGGACCUGUGAUUACCGCGAUGGCUGGUCUGUUACAAGGAAAGACGACAGCAACGCGAAGAAAUGACACGAUACCGCAAGCAGAAGCACAGGAAGUGACCACGCAGAGGUCACCCAUCUACAUACCUGUGGCUGAGUUCGCUGACGACGACAUCGAGGCUGCUGAAAGCCAAAAUAUAGGUACCCAUCUUACGAACGUCAAGCACAACUACAUCGCGGAAACCCGUCACAAAGUAGCUUCCAGCCUGGCAGACGGAAUCCCAAUCUCUCCAGGUGAAGUGAUCACAGCGAACAGCGACGUGAUCAUCGGCAAACCAGGAAAAAUGGCACCAAGACCGCCUCAGACAUUCCUGGAGGACGAAGAACACAUUGGAAUGAAGCCACCACCACUGCCAGUCCCCAACAUCCUAGUCCAUCCUGUUCUCGAGGUCCUGGAGAACAACCGAGAAGACAGCCAACCUCAGCAAACUCUUCAGGGUCACAAGGGUCCACAGAUACAGAUAUAUCCCGCGCACCAGAUCUACGAGGAACAUCUAAAGAUACCAGUUUCCAUGCCAGUCGACACGAAUCCUACGUUGCUAUCGAAGCAACCUCAAAAGCUGCUUCCUAUCCAAUCUUCUCCGCCAAAGAGGAUGGGUUCGAAGCAAGACGUGAUGGAGAAUGAUCCUCUGUUGAAACCACCCGACAGACCGAACGUGGAACAGUACGCGAAUCCAAAUUCGAACCCAAAGGAACCGGAAUGGAGCCCUGAGAAGUCGAGGAGGCCAUGGAGUGCCAAGGAUCCUUUGAAGCUUUCCCCACCCCAUCCUCAAUUCGAUCAGAAGAUCGAUGCUGGGAAGCCACCAAUGGAGAAACCGUGGCCCACCGUUCCAUCCGACGAUCAGAAACGACCACCUUGGGCCCAGAAAGAUCCUCUGCUCCCCGAUUCUCCCGUUGUCAUUCAGAUCUCCGAAUCCAGACCCACACCUGCGGAACCUAUAGUUCAUCAAGUGCCGCACGUCAUCGACAGAUCAACGGGCCAGCCCUUGUUAGUCAAUAUCCAACCCAGUCAAGUGGCCAACGUAGUGAUUCCUCAGGGUGGUACUCAGGCACUGAUAUUCGGCGACACGAACGAACCCCACAUCAGUGGACAAUACUUCGACGAUCCUUCACCGUAUCCUGAAUCGGAAGUUGGUUUAGGAUUCGUUGGAAUUCAAAGGGUGGAGGACCUACCUCAAUAUUCAAAUGGAAAGGACCCAGCAGACUACAUGGUGCCACCAUCGCCACCUCACAACUUCAAGACUCUGCCAGAGAAGCACCCCUCCAAUCGUCCAGCCACGAUUCCCUUGUCACCGGGUCGUUUUGACUACGAAAGACCACAAGACAAGCUGGAAGCACCCUUGAACAGGCCAGAGAAGAAGCCAUCUGACGUGCAUUUGAUCAAACAUCCCGACAACUCCGGUGUCCUAGGCGGCCAAGGCCACGUGCACACUGAGAUCCUGGUCCACCAUAGACCGGAAACCGUAAACGUUCGUCCACAGAGCGUGCCAUAUCCAUCUAUCCACCCUCACAUGCACCCUAACGGUCACUUACCAUCACGAGGACAAUUCCCAAAGAUUCAAAAGCCCGUGGAACCUGGCACACCGCCCAGAAGAACCGAAAUGUCGAAUCUAUCUGACAACUCCCACAGAUACAUCUUGCUAGCUAAGCCAGACUCGGGAAAUGAGAUCGUUUUGAAUACCAAUUGGAAGUCCGACAAGAAACCACCGAGGAUCCUGAUGAAUAACAGGUUGAGACCUCGACCGAUAUUGAGGUCGACGACCAGUCGCCCUCUGGACAGGCCGAUUUACCAGGAAAGGCCGAAUAUCAGGAAACCAGUUUACAACGGCCCUCAGAGGCCCCCGACGAAGACGCAGAACACGAACACGUUUGUGCUGCCUCAUCGACCGAUUGCCAAUCCACAGAUUCAUCACGAACCGCCAAGGAUAGCCACUUCGACGCCUGGAGACGUGAUGAAGGACGUGGUGACUGAGAGACAGCCAUCGUAUGGGCCUCAUCCGCAGCAAAUUGAUCUUCAGGAUAGGCCACCACACUUCUAUCCGGAGAAAAGGCCUGCGAAUGUGGGACAGAUGAGGCCUCAAACUGAGAGAACGGAGGAAUAUGUCCCAACUGGAGCUGUGGAGUAUCAUAAUCCAUCGAAUACUAAAAUCAAGCAGGAUGACAGGCCAGCUGCGACGAAUACUCAGGUUCAGAGCUUUGAUCAGGCUUCGUCUAGCCAGGAGACAAAACCAGAAGUCUGGCAAAGUGGUACGCAGACGGAGAAGACUUUGGAUUCGGAAAUUGGUGCCUCUGAACCUGUGAAUUAUCACAAUCAGGUUAAAGAAGUGCAGAAGUACGAUAAAACGCAAAGCGAUAUGCCUUUCGUUAGCAAAAGCAACGAUACAACAUCGAGCAUCAAGAAUUCUGCUGAGAACGUAGCUUCUGGGAACACGGUGAUAAGAAAACCAGCUGGAGGAAGCGACGUUCAGCAAGAUCAGAAGGGUAAACCUGUCUGGAUGAAUCCGGGAGUUCCAUUUUCUCACAAGAACGAAGCCAGUCAGGCUCAGGUACCUUAUGGACCUAGUUACUACAACACCAAACCCCAUGAGACGCCAGUAGUCCAAGGGAAGCCGUUUGGUGUGUACACUGGUCACGAGGAAACGAACUAUGGCUACAAAUGGAAAGAAAAUAAGCCUGAACACGAUAUAGUACAGGGUGUACCAUCGACGUAUUACAUGAACAAAAUACUGCAAAACAGCCACAAGAAUCAGCAAGAACAGACGUCAACGUUACCAUCUCGUGAACGCGACGAUACCAUAGACUUGAAGCCACCAGCGAUCAUUCCCCAGUUUGUACCCGAAUUGGACAAACCCAGCAGACCAUAUCCUAGACCACCUAUCAUAAAUAAAGUCGAAACCAGACCUGUAUUGUAUCCAAGACCUGAUGUCGUAAGUCAGGCUCCAGAAACGAGGCCGGAUCAGGUGAAACAGCCUAACGAAGGCAAGCCAGCAAGCUCGGAAACAUUUGUUAACAACAGUUUAGGCCAUCCGGGUAAAAUGAAUCAGAGUCACCUACAAUUGGGCGGUUUCGUGGACCUCAACUUAGAUGGCGGAUUAAAGAUUAGUGAGCAGAGGCCAGACAGACAGGAGAUUCUGGUUAACAAGAGCGAAGUUGUAAAGAAUCACUUUAGAAACAAUUCCAUUUCUCAUCAAGUCGAUAAUCAGUAUCCUCAGACAACCACAGAGACUAUCAAAACAGAGAAGAGUCGUCCUAAAGUGACUCAACAGGAAUAUGGAUCAGUGACUAGGAUUCACCCAGAAUAUCCACAUAUAGUCACAAAACCUAAGCCUCCAGUACCAGGACCAGUUACUAUUUCAACGGCUAAUAAGCCUGAUACUCGGCCAAAUAUAAGAUUCUCCAUGCCUGUGGAGGCCAUAGGCGAAGAGGUGGACAGCAAGACACAAACUGAACGACCACCGAGCAUGCUGAUCACGACGAAUAAUUCCAGUGACAAGAAGAAGAACCCAGAGAAGAUAGACACUUCGUAUCAGACGAACUUUGCAGCCUCAGACGCUAAUAAGGAAGACUCCGUGAACCACGAGACCAAAAUUAGAAUAAGGCCCAUUGAGACGUCCACUGGAGACAUGCUGAGCAGUAUGGAAGGAAUGAACGUGCCAUCUAGGGAUAUGAUGCCUCCGCCAUUGAGGCCAGCAAUUGGACUGAAUCAGUCAAACAAGAACGAAGAAGAGGACUUGAAACCACCACCUAUUCCUUCCAGAGACGUCGUCGGUUUAUCGCCUCCACCAGUUGAUAUCACUACGACCUCUGGGCCUGCAGAAGACAGAUUCCCGUUUGUGACUGCCAAUGAGUCUGGCUUGAAGCCUCCACCUAAGUAUAUUCCUCUGAAAGAGUCAACCGUGGCACCUUUGCCUAGUGUCAGCAUGGUUCCACCUAGUCCUAGACCUUCUCUCGCCAGGCCUUUCAUCGUGGAACUGCUGUCUCAGGACAUGGUACCACCACCACCAGUCACUCAGACGACCAGACCACUCGAGAUAGCCACUGUGAGACCAGCUGUAGCGGUGUCAGGAUCAAUUCAAAUCGCCACAGCCGUCGCAACGUCCCACAUACCAGUGGUCCAGGAUAUCGAGUCGAAGAUACCCAUCAUUCACGGCACUGUCGAUCUUCCUGUGAUCGUGGACGUACCCGAGAUUCUUAGGCCAGUCGAAACAAGGAUGACGGAGCACGUUAGCAUCUACACGGUGCGGCCAUUCGACACUAGGCCCGUAUCUAGAAUAUCCGUGCAACCAACAACUAUGACCACGAAUCUGGUCAUUCCGACGAAGCUGAGACCAAUCCAACUGGACCAGAUUCAACCAAGCAGAGACGUGGAACCGACUAGGUCUCACAAUUUCGAUAUUCCUCGAAAUCCCGUGAAGCGACCAGAGCAUCCAGUGUUCUUGGAGUCUAGCCACGAUAACGUCCUACCAACGACCAAAGUGGAGGCCACGGAGACCUUGACUCACGUGGUGACCACGAGCCAGAAGACGGAAUCUAGGCCGACGAUGACGAAGAACGAAGUUUCGAAGGUGGUCGUUUCACCGGUGACGGAACGCAAGCGAAAGAACGAGACCACUGUGAAAGAGUUGCCCAGCGUUGUGACCAGGGUUGACAGCUCGGUAACGAAUGCGACGAGCACAUUGUCGGAGAAUGUCACCAAGAGGAACGAAUCGGUCAUCAAGAUGACGAAGGAUGUCAGCAGUCAGACGACGAAACCUGUUCAUGGGACAACAACGACUAUGCGUGUGAAGCCUAAGGAGGUGACACGAUUCCAGACGUCAACGGUGACCAGAAUCCAGACAUCGGUACUGGGUUCACCGCCUACCACGAGAACAUUAUUGCUCACCCACACGCUGACGUCAACCACGGUGGAAACCGUAACGGAAACGCUAUUGCGUCCAACCAGCGUGGUCUCCACGGUUACGUCAACGAUCUUGCAACCUGUGGUGACUAGGGUACCGCCAUCCUACGAGAACGUGGUCGACAAUGACUCCAUCUUUGUGGUGAUGAGCGACCAGAAACCACCGGCACCUGGUGCUGAAGAGGUGGAGGCUGAAUACGGUGACAUCACGAGAGACGAGCAAGAUCCGACUGAGAACAAAGUGCACAAAGUUCUGGCUGGUGGAGUUCUUGGAGCGCCUGUGGUGUCCCUUCAACCUAUUAUCAACCAGUGUACGCCAGAGUGCAGAGCCUCCAGGGCUGAAAUAUGCGCGGAAGUUGGGAGUGAAAUGAGAUGCGUCUGCCGACCUGGCUUCGCCAGAAUGUUCCCUGAUCGACCUUGCAAACCCACUUACACCUACACGUUACGAGUUGGCCUGGAUCGCAUUGGACACGAGCCAGUGGUCUACGAAUCGAGUCUCAACGACUCUUCGUCGACGACUUUCAGAAAAUUGGUAGGACCCACUAAGGAUGCCCUGGACAGAACCCUGAUGCAGAGCGACCUCAGAGAUAUCUACAGAGGACUGAACAUAGCUGGUUUCUCUCCUGAUCCGACCAAAGUCGUGUUCCACGUUCAACUCAGCGACAACGCCAAUGAAACCAGACUAAAGGAAGUCCUUCGAAAGUAUCUGAUUGCAAGCAACUACAGCUUAGGCGGCACUGAGGUUUAUGCCUCGAAAAAUCUUGAAAUCAUCGAGGCAGUCGAUUUCGACGAAUGCGAGAUGGAAGAAGGAGGACCUCACCACGAUUGCUCUCAAAACGCAGCCUGCUUCAACCUCCGAGGUUCUUAUCAAUGCUCUUGCAAAGAAGGGUGGGCAGAUCUGUCAGAAAACCCAGCGUACCCUGGAAGACUGUGUUCUCAGGCGCCAUUGGGCUGUCCUAGUUGCAACAACAAAGGACACUGCGUGACGAACACCAAUGGCCAAGAAGUCUGCGAGUGUUUCCCAUGGCACAGUGGACAGCGAUGUCAGGUUAAUCUCAAAGUGCUGCUGAUAGCUCUGGUUACGACUGGUACGAUAUUAUUGGGUGUUCUGGGGGUGUGCGUCGGCAUGGCGUGCUUCCGUCAGCCGAAUAGGAGGGCCAUGAUUCCUGGAACCGGUGGAGACACCAGCAGCGAGGGCAGCGUGACAGAUCUGGCGAUUCCUCACCACGUGCCACACGUCCUGCCGCCACCACCGCAGAUGAUGGCACCUCUACCACCGACCAAGAGGCCAGCUCGAAAGUCCAGCUCGAAACCCAGACACCCUCCUAGAAAAACUACCAUGAUACCUGCAUCAGUGCCGGUGAGCGACGAGCAACGAGACCGUUCGUUGACAGUGAUGAUCCCGCGUGCUAAGUACCGAUCCGCGCCCCAGUCCCCGCAGAAUUACAAAUCUGGCAUGAGCACGUUCUCGACUGAGGAGCACAAGCUGCUCAACUACCUCGAGAGUGGCACGCACAACACCGGAAACAGGAAGCAAAGCGUGUCCAGCGCGAAGGACUGCAAGGAGGCUGACGUGCAGAUCAUCAGAACGCCGGCUGCGCCGACUGGAGCCCUUGUUAGCGCUGGUUUCCAGGUGUCCGCAACUGUAACUCGACAAAUGGACGCCGAUUCGACGCUGGCUCGUUCCUGCGGAGAGACCACGGUGGAGACUGCGACGAAGGUGUUGCGAACCGGAGAUCUGCAGGCCGACCUGUGCUCGACGUUGGCGCGUUCCUGCGGCGAGACGACCAUCCAAGCACCGACGAAGCUUCUGAGGCUGGAUUUAGGCGAGGCUGGCUCGACCCUGGCCAGAUCCUGCGGUGAAACGACGAUCCAGCCGCCUACGAAAGUCGCAGACGCUAGAAGGAACAGCGUUAAAGACGCCAGAGACAACAGAGACACCAGAGACAGUGCCAGCGAGGGGCACACAAUGGCCGAGAGGGAUCUGGGAAGCACGCUGAGACUUCCGGCGCAGCAUCCGCCUCUCUAUAGCCCGGACAGGACCAGCGACCGAGAAUCGAACUUCGACUCCCUCUAGACAACCGAGUAAUAAAGGAAAUCCGGUCGA